UAUAUAAACCUCCACUUGGUUUCCUAAAACUCCAUCAUUCAAGCACUACUACUACAACUAUUAAUUCUCAAGUAACUUUUCCUAUUCCUCUCUGCUUGUGUUACUAAUUCUUUUUUAACUACAAUGAGGGCUACCAACAAAAUGACUAAUUCUUGCAAAGAGGGAGAGUUUGAUCAAUUAAAAAGAGGACCAUGGACAAUUGAGGAAGACAAUCUUCUUAUCCGCUAUAUAAGUUGUCAUGGCGAGGGCCGUUGGAAUUCCCUAGCUAAAUCAGCAGGAUUGAACAGAACCGGUAAAAGUUGUAGGCUAAGAUGGUUGAAUUAUCUAAAACCAGAUACCAAGCGUGGGAAUCUCACACCACAAGAACAACUCUUGAUCCUUGAACUCCAUUCCAAGUGGGGUAAUAGAUGGUCCAAAAUUGCACAACAUUUGCCAGGAAGAACAGACAACGAGAUAAAAAACUAUUGGAGAACAAGGGUACAAAAACAAGCUCGCCACCUUAAGAUCGACUCUACUAGCAAGAGAUUUGUCGAAGCACUUCAACGAUUUUGGAUGCCAAGAUUGCUUGAGAAAGUAGAGCAAAAUUCAUCAUCAACGUCAUCAUCAUCAUCAUCAUCCACAUCAGCUUCCACUUCAACUAUUGAUCAAACCGAACAAUAUAAACUAAAUCCUAAUCCACAACUAUACGAACAAACCCGAUUUGCUACGUCAUCACCAGAACUAUCAAGCAGCAAAGAGUCCAGCUCAUCAAGCAUUUGCAUAUCAUCAGAUGAUUCUAGUGAUGAGAAGAUGUUGCCCCAACAACUACUACUGCCUCAUGAUGAUGACAUGUCACAGCUGCUUUAUAAUGUAGAAGACACUACUGCUGCUAAUUUAUAUAAUUCAUCAUCACUUGAUGAUCAUCAGAACAUGAACUACUACUAUAAUGUGGAUACAAGUGAGUUUGACAAUAUGGGGUUUGGGCAGCAGCCAGAUGACAUAAUGUCAGCUGAUGCCUUAAACUUCCAGGUGGCAGACACUGAUUGGAUAAGCAGUGAUGAUAUAACAGCUGACACAUAUUGGAACAUGGAUGAAUUGUGGCAAUUCAGGAUGUAGAUGAUGAUCAAGGCCUUGAUCGAUAUAUAUUAUCCUAUCAAUAUGGGAUUUACACGCGCGAAUUCCUAUAUAUAUAUAUAUACUAUACUAGCUGUAAGCAACGAAGAGAUAUAUAAUAGGUUAUAUAUAUAUGUACAUUGGACCUUGUUUGAAGAGGGUCCAUUAAUUAAUUAAGCCUCUAAUUUAAUCUUA